AUGAUAAAGGAUAAACGCGGGCAGUUGUAAAACGUUCAGGAUCGCUAGGAAAGCAAACUAAGGGAAGAAGAAGCAACGAUACGUUGCCAGGACAAACAGGAACGAGAGAUAGGGAAAGAAUGACAAUAAUAGAAAAAGGGUUUUUCAAGCUGUAGGGGAUCGUGGUCUCAGCUGGAGAGCUCUUCGACUAACCACGUCGCUUGCGACCAGCGGCGAAUAAAGCAACGGGUGACUCACGAGACGAAAAGGUCUUGCUUCUCUUCUCCUUUUCAACAGAUUUUUUCGUUUCCGAGCAAUGUUCUCCGCGAGAGAACGCACGGAAUUCGUGGCACGCAAAUUCAUCUAUAGCAAAGGCAAGAAAAAAAUAGCUGAAAGAAGCGAAAUCCGUUAUUAGGAUCUAUGAUCGAAGUUCGUUGAACAGGAUAUCCUGUUUUUAUUCCUGUAGAGAGAAAACGAAACCCUUUCGGAGCGUAUCGAUUCGUCAGGGACACGUUGAACGAAUGUCGAUCGAUCGCAUGGGUGGAAAAAAGCAUGACUCGUCGAUCUUUCCUAUAGUAAGACAGUGAUAAAAAUGCAACCUUGACACUUGGAUACUUGGUACCCUAGGAGGCUAAUAAAACAGGUUGAAAAAUGAAUGUACUUUACGAUGUAAGCAUAGUAGGUGUGGUGAUUAGGGUAUCGCGUUAUCAUCGUAAAGUCCUAAAGGCUGUUAGCCCUCCCUUUUCCUCGUUUCUUCGUCGAACGCGUUCUCGCCGGAUGGAGAGAAUCUUGCUCUUCUCCCUCCUUGCCUGUGUCCCCUGGUGGCAGCCUAGGAGCAGAGCGGGCCGAGAGUCGUGGCCAGGACAGCGACACGAGUGCGCGUUUCCUCGUCAGUUUCGCUCCGAUCCGCUCCACGCUCGUGCACUCCUGCGCGACAUUCGGCUGCACACUUGCACGGUGCACAACAGUUUUACCUCUGCGCAUCGAGGACGUCCGUCGCUGGGACAUACUUUGAUUCUCGAGGAUCGUAAAAGGGAAGUCGCGAACAAAAGCAAAGUUCAGAAUGAGAGAAAUCGUGCAUCUGCAGGCUGGACAAUGCGGCAACCAGAUCGGCGCGAAGUUCUGGGAAGUGAUCUCUGAGGAGCACGGUAUCGAUCAAUCGGGCAUCUAUCACGGAGACAGCGAUCUUCAAUUGGAGCGAAUCUCCGUCUACUACAACGAAGCUUCUGUUGCCACGUCCACGAACGGAGGAAAGUAUGUUCCCCGAGCGAUUCUGCUGGACCUCGAACCAGGUACGAUGGACGCGGUUCGUUCAGGCGCAUACGGGAAAUUGUUCCGACCGGACAAUUUCGUGUUUGGCCAAUCCGGAGCAGGCAACAACUGGGCGAAGGGACAUUACACGGAGGGUGCCGAGCUGGUGGACUCUGUCCUGGACGUGGUGAGAAAGGAAUGCGAAAACUGCGACUGUCUGCAAGGUUUCCAACUGACCCAUUCACUCGGCGGUGGUACCGGCUCCGGUAUGGGCACUCUACUCAUCUCCAAGAUCCGCGAAGAGUACCCGGACAGAAUAAUGAACACGUAUUCGGUGAUGCCGUCCCCUAAAGUGUCCGACACCGUGGUGGAGCCUUACAACGCAACUCUGUCCGUGCAUCAGCUGGUCGAGAACACCGACGAGACUUACUGCAUCGACAACGAGGCACUCUACGACAUCUGUUUCCGUACUUUGAAGGUUUCGAAUCCCAGUUACGGGGACCUGAAUCAUCUGGUCUCGCUGACCAUGUCCGGUGUUACGACCUGUCUCAGGUUUCCCGGCCAACUGAACGCCGACCUGAGAAAAUUAGCGGUGAACAUGGUUCCCUUCCCUCGUCUCCAUUUCUUCAUGCCAGGCUUUGCACCGCUAACCUCCAGGUCUAUGCAACAAUACUCGGCGCUCUCGGUGCCGGAGCUCACGCAACAGAUGUUCGACGCGAAGAACAUGAUGGCCGCCUGCGACCCCAGACACGGUCGAUACUUGACCGUCGCCGCCGUGUUCCGCGGUAGAAUGUCCAUGAAGGAAGUGGACGAGCAAAUGCUCAGCGUGCAGAACAAGAACAGCUCUUACUUCGUCGAAUGGAUACCGAACAACGUGAAAACCGCCGUUUGCGAUAUACCACCGAAAGGGUUAAAGAUGUCGUCGACCUUUAUCGGAAACACGACCGCCAUUCAAGAACUGUUCAAGAGAAUUUCCGAACAGUUCACCGCCAUGUUCCGGAGGAAAGCUUUUCUGCAUUGGUACACCGGCGAGGGUAUGGACGAGAUGGAAUUCACGGAAGCCGAGUCGAAUAUGAACGAUCUGGUGUCCGAGUAUCAACAAUAUCAAGAAGCCACCGCCGAGGAAGAUUUCGAGGCCGAAGAAUGCGCCGACGAUUUUGAGACCUGCGAUCAAGAGUGAACGACCGCCCAACGAUUAUCUUUUUUAUAUUUCUUCCUCGUCUCUUUCAGCUUUGUCAACGUAGUAACGAGAACGGCCGUUAUCUCUUUCUCUCUUUCUCGCUUUCCAUUUUAUACUUUUAUACGUGACGUUUCUUUUUCACGAUCGCGAAGUUUGAUACACCUCGGUGUCCCUUCGAACGACUCGUUGCUACGUUUCGUCCAAUUUUCAAUGCGAUAAGGUGGAUGGCGUGAAGCUCGAAAGUUAGGAAAAGAAAAAUGUAAUACAACCAGCGUCCGAUAUUCUGGGUUUGCGAGCAACGGCUCGCGACUCGACCAAAGGCCAAAGCGCUCAAACCAAAAAUCAAUCUUCUACGUUGUAUCCACGAAAAAACCAAUCUAUCUAUCGUCUGCGUGUAAUCGUGGCAAGCGUUUAAAUGUAGCGCAAGUUUGUUCCUUGAAAAAA